UCGAAUUACGUAGGAAGUCCGCGACGGGCCCCGCCCCCCAUUCUUUCAUUUGGCUUGACAAUCGCUUUCUCCUAAUCCAGUCCGGUGCCAAAGCCCAUGAACGGCACCAUGGCCGCGUCCUCCCACCGGGUGACGUUAGGACCGCUGGUCGCUGCCAUCGACCAGGGAACCAGUUCCACGCGGUUUCUGGUUUUUAAUUCGAAAACGGCCGAGCUCCUCAGCCAUCAUCAAGUGGAACUCAAACAGAGCUUCCCCAAAGAAGGAUGGGUGGAGGAAGACCCCAAAGAAAUUCUGCAGUCUGUGUACGAGUGCAUGGAGCGGACGUGUGAAAAACUCACCCAGCUCAACAUAGACAUCUCGAACAUUAAAGCGAUCGGGGUGACCAACCAAAGAGAGACCACGCUUGUCUGGGACAAAGAGACCGGGGAGCCCCUCUACAAUGCCAUUGUUUGGCUGGACCUGCGCACUCAAUCGACCGUUGAACGCCUAAUCAACAAAACUCCAGGAAGGAAUAAGAACCACUUGAAGCAUAAAACGGGGCUCCCCAUCAGCACUUACUUCAGCGCAGUGAAGCUUCGCUGGCUGAUGGACAACGUGGACGAGGUCCACCAGGCCGUGGUGUCUCACCGCGCCAUGUUUGGCACCGUGGACUCCUGGCUCAUUUGGUGUUUGACUGGGGGAAAGUCGGGCGGAGUCCACUGCACGGAUGUGACCAACGCCAGCAGAACCAUGCUGUUCAACAUCCACACUCUGGACUGGGAUCCUGAACUCUGCAAAUAUUUUGGUAUUCCCAUGGAGAUCUUGCCCAGAGUGAGGAGUUCUUCAGAAAUAUACGGUCUCAUGAAAAUUUGUUCUAGCCGGAAAUCUGGAGCUCUUUCAGGGAUCCCCAUUUCAGGGUGUCUCGGGGAUCAGUCGGCAGCGCUCGUUGGACAGAUGUGUUUUCAGGACGGUCAGGCUAAAAACACGUACGGAACUGGCUGCUUUCUGCUGCGCAACACCGGAGCCAAGCCCGUGAUGUCCGACCACGGCCUCCUGACCACCGUGGCGUACCAACUUGGUCGAGACAAACCCGCCUGCUACGCGCUCGAGGGCUCUGUGGCCAUUGCUGGAGCCGUGGUCCGGUGGCUGCGGGACAACCUCGGGAUCAUCGGGUCAUCGGAAGAGCUCGAGAAGUUGGCCGCCUCUGUUGGUACAUCGUACGGCUGUUAUUUUGUUCCCGCCUUCUCGGGUCUUUAUGCUCCGUACUGGGAGCCCAGUGCGAGAGGGAUCAUCUGUGGGCUAACUCAGUUCACCAACAAGAGUCACGUAGCCUUCGCUGCUCUGGAAGCUGUGUGUUUCCAGACGAGGGAGAUACUAGACGCAAUGAACCAGGACAGCGGCAUCCCGCUGACUCAGCUGCAGGUGGACGGAGGAAUGACGUCCAACAAGCUGCUGAUGCAGCUACAGGCGGACAUCCUCUGCAUCCCCGUUGUGAAGCCGUCCAUGCCUGAGACCACAGCUCUCGGGGCGGCGAUGGCGGCGGGGGCAGCGGAGGGAGUGAGCGUGUGGAGCCUGAGCCCCGAGGACCUGAGCGAAGUCACCUCCGAGAAGUUCGAGCCUCAGAUCAACCCCGACGAGAGCGAGUUUCGGUACGCCCGGUGGAAGAGGGCGGUUCAGAAGUCCAUGAACUGGGAGACGACGGAGCCAGUUGGAAACGGCAACGGUGAGACGAGCAUCUUCAGCAGCUUCCCUCUGGGCUUCUACAUCAUGGGCAGCAUGCUGAUGUUAGUUGGUGCCAAAUACCUCGCAGGUCAGGACUAACUCCUGGAGCCAUUGAAAGCAAAGAGGAACCGAAGGCUGAAUCUGACCCAAGACCAGGACAACUUUGAACAAACUUAAUGGGACUCUUUUCUUUCUUUUUGUGUCUUUUAUGUAUUUUUCUUUGCAGCAGGUGUUGGUGCAUUAAGGUUGAUUUUAGCAGGAGUUUGCAUACGGUAUUUAUUAUUUCACUGUGUUGAUAAUAUAAAUGUUUGAGCCUAUUUAUGCAGAUACUUCAACAGUGUGAUCUUUGAAGUGAAGAUUGCAAACUUGUUUUGCAUAUUGUUCAAACCAGAGCACUUUAUUUUGUUGUGUUGGUGUGACCUGUGUACUAACAGACUUUAAUGCAUGUUGGUUUGGUUCUUUCAUUUGAGAUAAAGAUAGAAAUUGAGGCUUUUGUUCACAAAUAAAACUAUAAAGACCUAUAAAUCAAAGCUAGAAUCUACUAUAAUCAUCAAAUGACAUAAACUGAUGAUGGAUUAUUUAUUUUGUAGAUCAAAUGUUGCUCUAAUGUGGUUUAUUUCCACUUCCUUGUGGUUCUAAUCUCGGUCUUGAUUUCAUCAGCAAAAUGGCAGAAUGUGUGUUUUUUUUUGCAAAACAUGUUACAUUUCAGUGCCAGUCAAAUGUUUUUUUGCAGAGAACUUUUUAAGCUUUAUUGCUUUAAAAUGUUCUGUUUUUAACUAAUUGAUGAAUCUUUGCGAGAAGAUAAUGUAGUUAACUGAUUCCCCUUUGCUUUGUGCGUGUUAUAAGUUAACAAUGAGUUGGUGUUUAUUCUGUUCUGUGUGGAUCUGAUUUGAUACCUGAUAAAAGGUGGAGGCACAAUGUGUAUUUGUUUAACAUGUACUGUUUUUUUUGCUGUAUAUCCUUGACCUGAUGGGGUUAAAUGACUUCAUUCAAAGUGCUCUUUUGUGGUGUGACCACAAAGUACUUACAAAUAAUGUCAAAUUUAGUGUUUUAUUUCAUACUUGAUAAAACGGACGUGAAACGCUGGUGUCCUUGAGAGCAAAGUGUGCUGCCUCCGCCUGUCACAUGGACGACAACCUGUCCCCACCCGUCGUCUCCGCCCUCGCUCCUUCCACCUCCGUGGGUGUCGAGGGGAGAUAAGCUCUGCGGGUUGGGUCCGACCUGCCGUGCGCUUGUGUUGCAUGGUUUUAUGGGAGAAUACGGGUUGUGAAAAAUAAAAAUAUCAUUCUGA